UCACCGCGCGGCACCGUGUGAAAUAGUGUACACUAGGGCAGUCUGUGUCGCUUCCUGGUUCUGCUGGUCACAUAGUGAGAGUCAGUGGAGUCAAGAAUAUCAGUUCACUCUCGGAAGAAAAGUGAGUGUUCGAUGGCAGAGUGGAGGGAGUGGGCGGGUCCAAGAUGAGUGCUGACACGCUAUUGGAGGAGACCCUGAUCAAGCGGUCUCAGCAGAAGAGGUUGACGUCACCGCUGAACUACAAGGAGAGAGUGUUCGUCCUCACCAAGACCAAGCUCACAUACUAUGAGUUCAGAGCAGAGAAGAAGUUUAAGAAGGGGUCCAUCGACCUGCAGAAAGUCAGGUGUGUGGAGAUCGUGAAGAAUGAUGGAGUCAUACCCUGUCAGAACAAAUAUCCCUUCCAGGUGGUGUAUGACACAAGCACUCUCUAUGUAUUUGCUCCCAGCUAUGAGAGUAGGAGGACCUGGGUCCAAAACAUUAAGGAAGAGGUAAGGGACAACUCUGUGAUCGUUGCUAAGUUCCAUCCUCAGUUCUGGAUGGAAGGCGUGUGGCUGUGCUGUCGUCAGGCAGAGAAACUGGCCCCGGGCUGUGAGGAGUACAACCUGUUUGGAGACCUUUCGAGGAAACUUCUUCCUCCCAUACCUGGAGAGGAGGGCACAGGAAGGUCUCGUCGCCCUCCCCCUCCCCCUCCCCCCCUUCCCGUACACAGCCCUGAUGAUGGUAGUGGUGUUGAGGAAGUUGUGAUAGCUCUGUAUGACUUCAAUGGUCCUGAACCACAUGACCUGACUAUGACCAAAGGAGGAGAAUACGUCAUACUGGAGAAAUGUGACAUCAACUGGUACAAGGCCCGCAACAUAUACGGGAAGGAGGGCUACAUCCCCAGCAACUACGUGACAGAUAAAAAAUUGGGGAACCUGGAACAGUAUGCCUGGUACAGUAAACAUGUCAAUCGGAACAAAGCUGAGGAACUACUGCGGACAGAGGAUAAAGAGGGAGGGUUCAUGGUAAGAGACUCCAGUAAGCCAGGCGCCUACACCGUCUCCCUGUACACCAAGUCAGCAGGGGAGGGAGGUGCAGCUAUCAGGCAUUACCACAUCAAGGAGACCUCAGGCUGCCCCAGACAGUUCUACCUGGCUGAGAAACACCUGUUCACCUUGAUACCUGACCUCAUCGAGUACCACAACCACAACGCUGCAGGUCUGGUAGCCAGGUUGAGGUAUCCAGUAGGGAAGGAGAGAUCUGCUCCAUCCACAGCCGGCUUCAGCUACGAGAAGUGGGAGAUCAACCCUUGUGAGCUGACCUUCAUGAAGGAGCUGGGUUGUGGUCAGUUUGGGGUGGUGCGGCUGGGGAAGUGGAGAGCUCAACACAAAGUAGCCAUCAAGGCUAUCAGAGAGGGUGCCAUGUACGAAGAAGACUUCAUAGAGGAAGCCAAGGUUAUGAUGCGUCUCACCCAUCCUAAGCUGGUGCAGCUAUAUGGAGUGUGUACCCACCAGAAGCCCAUCUACAUUGUGACUGAGUUCAUGGGACUGGGAUGUCUGCUCAAUUACGUCAGGCAGCGUCGGGACACCCUCAGCCUGGGGUCCUUACUGAGUAUCUGUCAGGACGUCUCAGAGGGGAUGGAACACCUGGAGGCACACGGCUUCAUACACAGAGACCUGGCAGCGAGGAACUGUCUGGUGAACGAUGCUCUGGUGGUGAAGGUAUCAGAUUUUGGAAUGGCCAGGUAUGUACUAGAUGACCAGUACACUAGUUCAUCGGGAGCUAAGUUCCCAGUCAAGUGGUCUCCUCCUGAAGUCUUCAACUUCUGCAAGUACAGCAGCAAGUCGGACGUCUGGUCCUUCGGUGUGUUGAUGUGGGAGGUGUUUACAGAGGGGAAGAUGCCAUUUGAACACAACCCUAACCAUAAGGUAGUGAUGAUGGUGUUAGAAGGACAUCGCCUCUACAGACCCAAGAAGGCCACGCCCAACAUCUAUGACAUCAUGCUGCGCUGCUGGCACGAGAGAGCAGAAGAGAGACCAUCGUUUUCUCAGAUCUCCAUCUUGAUCUCCGACGCUGUAGAAGUGGAUGGGUCCUCCUCUGUCUGAGCCCACCAAUCAAAUCCUCUCCUCUGCCUGAACCCACCAAUCAGAUCCUCUCCUCUGCCUGAACCCAUCAAUCAGAUCUUCGCCUCCGCCUGAACCCACCAAUCAAAUCGCAACCACCAGUCGGAUCUCCUCAGAUCCAGUGUUGGAGGACUGCAAACGUUCCGCUCUCUGUACUGAUGGACGAUUAUGGUGGAGUUUGUUAGACAGGAAGUUUUCGUCCAAUAUAUAUAUACCCUAUACUGUUUCA